AUGAGCGGGUCGAGCACAGUCGAGCCCGGCCUGUUCACGCCAGAAAGGGUCGGCGCCACCUUGAAUGCCCUCGACCUCUCCCUCGUGUGCCCACUGAGCAACCGCCUCCUCUGCGUCCGCGCGCUCAUCGACGCGGCCACUCCUCUGGCGACCGGCGAGCAGGACCUGCGCCAGCCCGCGCUGCUCAUCCGCUGCAUCGACGCGGCGCUGCCUGCGCUCUUCAGCGGGGGCUCCGAGCUCAGCGACGCGGUGACCGAGCUUUUGGAGGCGCGCGAUGUGCCACCCUACUACGCACGUGCCGUGCUCGCCGGCUGCGCCAUGCCCCCACCUUGUGCGGUUCUGCUCGGGGCGCUGGCCGCCCACUCGGUGCGGUAUGAGGAGCAGCUCGGGCCCUCGUCGCUGGUGGCCGAGGCCAAGCUGCGCAUGCUCCAGUCUGCCUCCGACCUGCUCGGCGGGGCGGGCAGCCUCCCGGGCGCGGCGCUGCCUCUGCUCUGCAUGCUGCUGCUCCUGCUCAAGGGCAAGGCGGCCACGGUCGCGGCCAACGCCCUCGUCGAGCAGAGCCGCAUCACGCACGUGCUCGUGGGCGCAAUCCUCGGAGACGCGGACAGCCUCGAGCGCGUCGCGCUCCGAGUCCUCGCCCAGACAAUCGUGGCGCACGGCGCCUGCGCCUCCUCCGUGCUGCACCGUUGCGGCGUCGACAUUGACGAGCUCCUCGCCCGCUUGCCGCACCGGGGGAGCGCGCCCCCGCGGAGAAGCCUCUCGCUGCAGAUGUGCGAGCUGCUCGCCGCCCUCGCGGCGAGCGACCCGCAGCUCGCCGCCCGAAUCUGCCGCCCCCGUCCGCUCGACGCGCUCAAGGCGCCGCUCAUCUCUGGUGACCCGCUGCUGCAGCUCGCUGCGGUCGACGUGCUGGCGGUGCUGCACAGCCAGGGGUGCACGCGCGCCCUCUGCACUGAGGACACCGUCCCCUUCCUGCUCGAGGCGUGCCGGCCCAUUGGGCAGGGCACGGACCAGGCGGUCGACUCAGCCGGUGUCGCGCCGUCCGCCACGGUGGAUCAGCUGGAGCACCUGCGGGAGCAGUGCGUGGCGCUGCUCGGCGAGCUCUUGCACACACCGCACCCUCGCUGCAACUCGCUCCUCGCCCGGCUGCUCGAGGCGCUCCACCCGUCGGUAGCCGUCCGCUGGGCCGACAAGCUCCGCUGCCUGCGCCAGCUGGACGCGAGCCUCCGCUGCGCCGUCGCGCUGCUCGAGUGGUACUCGCCGCACCCCUCCGAGAUCCCGACCUGCCUCGACUUUUGCCAGGCCGGUGCGGGCCUGCUCGGGGACUGCAUCGACGCGGGCGUCGCCGAUGCGGCGCACGCGUCGCUCGCGCUGGCGGGGAUGGGCAGGCUCGCCGCCGCCGUGGCGAGAGGGUCCUCCCCAGCGCACGCCCCCGCCCUUUGCCACUUGUGCGCGCUCCUCGUGCCGCGCUCGCUCGGCGCGCUGCACCAGUUGGAGGAGCCAGCCGCCCUCGCCCAGCUCCUCCCCUCCACCUGCGAGCUGCUCGCGGCGAUGCUCUGCGGCAGCUCGCUCGAGGGCGGCGAGCGGCGAGCCCUCGCCCACGCGCACACGCGAGACUGCCUCUGGCUGCUCGACCUCUCCUCGCGCCAGGACGCCGCCGAGUCGAGCGCCCGCCUGGCCAUUGCCCUGCUCGGCGCCCUCGAGCGCGUCGAGCCGCCGGGCGGGCAGCCGGGCGGGGUCGAGCUCACGUUGCCUUGCACGGGCCUGCACUCUUGCGUCGCUCGCGUCCCGCUGUACUCCCUCGAGCUCCUCCUCCUGCUCCUCGAGGUUGCCCGCGGCGGCCAGCACGAGGAAGGCGCGCCGCCUUGGGCACAGGUCGAGGGGAGCACGCACGACCCCGAGGCGCAGCUCCAGAUCGAGGAGAUCCUGCUCGCCCUUCACGCCGUCCCGCGCGGCUCGCUGCACGCCAGCCUCCCCGUCGCGACGCUGCUGCGCCUCGCGCGCGCGUGCUUGGCGCCGCUGCACCCGACUCACUCGCCGCAGCAAGCGCUACACCACAGCGGUGAGGCGGCUUGCCACUGCCUUCAGCUGGCGCUUCUCGAGUGCAGCCCUGCCGCGCUACUUCAGGACGCAGAGUGCGUGGCGUGGCUGCUCUCGGGCGCGCCAUCGCCAACAUCGAUCGUGCCGUGGGGCGCUGCCGCCACCCCAACCGAGCGGGCUUUCUCCUCCGCCGGAGGGGCCGGUGCGGGCGAGCAGACGUGGCGAAUGCUGCUGGCGUGGGCGAGAGGGUGCUACUCCGAGACGACAACGCGCGCGUCGAUGGCCGGAGGCGAGUCAGUCCGGCGCAACUUGGUCAAGGGCGUCCGCGAGAGCGGCGAGGUAGGGGCACACCUCCUCGUCUCGCUCCUGUCGACCAACCUGCAAGCGGCGCGCGAGGCCGGCGACGACGCUGUUCUCGCCGUGCUGCGCCUCCUCUCUCGCGUGCUGGUGCCGCCGCCCCACAAUCCGCCGCGCAGUGCCGACGACCCGGGCAUCUUCCCAAUGCUCGUCGCCGCUGGACUCGCUCCGGCGCUCAGCCGGCUCUGCCUGCACCCCGACGUGGACGGCGCCGCCCUCGCCCUCGUCUUCCGCUUGCUCGCCUCUUCCAUCGCUUCGACCGAGGACUCUGCGGGGCGCGACCAGAGCAGGCGCGAGUUUCACCUGCAAAUGCGGCAGGGCUUUCACAACGUACUCCGGCGCGCUCACUCGGUGCUGCGCCCCGGCCCGGCAGAGCCUGGGUGCGGCGGCAUAGGGUGCGGCAUAGGGUGCGGCAUGGGGUGCGGACCGGAGCCCGUCGCCAACGCGUCGCCUUCGACGGCGUGGCCCGACGCCCGCCCUGGCAGCGCGGCCGACGGCGCGGCCCGGCGGGAGCUCCUCAACCUCCUCAACGUCUCGCUCGCGAUCUCUCUCGACUCUUCCCUCGACGUGGCCGACUGCGCUGUUGGCGGCGGCGGCGCGAUGGCGGUGCCCGACGUGGUCUCAGCGCUGGUCGCCGACCGCGAUUUGCUCGCGCAGGUCGCUGCGCUUGCUACGCCGGACCGCUCCGGUGGGGGCAGCCGUCGCUCGACCCCCGAGUCAGCCUCCGACGAGGAGGAGAUGCAGCUGUGCGCCCUGGGGGUCCUCGUCCAGCUGCUGCGCGCAGACCAGGCGAGGGGACUCGCGGACCGGCAGGCGAGCCCCGCCGCCGUCCUCGUCACGUGCGGCCUGUCGGCGGUCGACACGCCGCGCGCCGCGCUGCUCCUCCGCCUCGCCGGUCUCCUCGUCCAGCUCUGCACGCCCUCACCUCACGAUGCGUCGCCGCCCGGGGCGUUGUGGCAGCCGGCAGACGCUCCGAGGGUCCAGGCGGUCGUGUGCAGCGGGCUGGUCGCGGUGCAUGGGCCCGCCCAGGCGGGGCUGGCGUGUUUCCUGCUCGCGCUGCAGCGCCGUCCGGACCGCGCGCCCCUCGCGCAGAUCGCAAGCCACCCGUGGGUCCUCCUUCUCCUUGAAAAGUUCGUCGCGGAGCUGCCGCCGCCGCCGCCGCCGCCGCCGCCGCCGCCGCCGCACUACGGCCUGCCCGCACCCGCAUCGACCGGGCCCCGCUUGCCUCCCGCGGCCUGCACGGCCUGGAGCGCCCUCCUCGGGGGCCGGCCGGCGUGGAGCGGCAGGCUCGCCUCGGACAAGAGGCGUGUCGCCGCGUGCGUGGGGCAUGUGACUCUCGAGGUUGCCCGAGGUCACCCGAGACUGCAAGGGGCGUGUAGGCACGUCGUCGCGUCUCUGGUGGCGCGACUCGAGGCCGAUUGCGAGGCAGACCUCGAGGCCGUCGCCCGCUCCGCGUGCCCUCGCCGGCGCCUGCUCAAGGCCCUCGGCGAGCUCGGGAGCUGCGCCGCCCGCGACGCCCUCCGCAACCGAGGGCCUGAGGAGAUGGAGACGGAGGACGAGGCGCCCCACCGACAGCUUCCGGCGCCGGUGGGGGAGGGUGCGACCGUGACGCUGGCGUACCUCAUGAGCUGCCACGACGUGGUUGUGGCUUGCUGA